UAUAAUAAUUACCGCGUCACUUCUCCCUGCACCUCGCUCGCACCUCUUGCAGCACUUCACUGCAUAAUUUCUUUAUUCUCUUUCAAAAUUCUAGGGUUAGGGUUUAAUAACAAUCAGUUAGCAAAGCUGGAUAGACACAGAGGAGACCGUUAUUAUGGCGGCAACAACAACAACGGAAACAGCGGCAGCUACUACAAUUACGACAACUACAACAAUAAUGAUGACCAGGACUCUCACUACAGCCGUCACAAUCGUCCCUCUCGCUUUUCUGAUGGUCCUAUGAGUCGCUACAACAGCAAUAAUAACAGUAAUAAUCAAGAAUCUUAUCAAUAUAGCAGCAGCCGCCGCCGUAGCCCUAACGAUUUUCGAGGAAGUGGUGGAGGUGGAGGUGGAGGUGGAGGAGGAGGAGGAGGAGGGGGUCACCGUGCUUUUGAAAGCCCUCCGCGUUAUCCUUCGGUCGGUGGCGGUGGAGGAGGAUUCAGACCAAUGGGUGGUGGUGGUGGCGGUGGCGGAGGUGGAGGUUUCCGGCCGAUGGGCGGAGGGUUCGGGUCGAACUAUCCAGUGGCACCGCCACUGUUGCCGCAAGUUUUGGGACAGAAAAGAGGUUUUUCUGGCCGAGGGUCUUCUCCUGAUCGAUUUGAUGGUGGCAGUUUUGCAAAACUUUUUGUUGGCUCUGUUCCAAAAACAGCCACUGAAGAGGAUAUUCGCCCUUUGUUUGAAGAACAUGGACGUGUGAUAGAGGUUGCUCUGAUCAAAGACAAGAGGACUGGACAACAACAAGGUUGUUGUUUUAUAAAAUAUGCGACAUCAGAAGAAGCUGAUAGGGCCAUUAGAGCCUUGCACAAUCAACAUACUUUGUCUGGGGGAAUGGGUCCUAUCCAAGUUCGAUAUGCAGAUGGGGAGCGGGAACGUCUUGGUGCAGUUGAAUACAAAUUGUUCGUGGGCUCACUGAACAAACAAGCUACUGAAAAAGAAGUUGAAGAAGUUUUUUCACCAUAUGGUAGAGUUGAAGAUGUUUACCUCAUGCGUGAUGAAUUUAAGCAGAGUCGUGGAUGUGGAUUUGUUAAAUACUCUAACAGAGAGAUGGCUCUGGCCGCCAUUAAUGCUCUGAAUGGAAUUUACACCAUGAGAGGAUGUGAUCAGCCAUUAACUGUCCGGUUUGCUGAUCCUAAGAGGCCGAGGCCUGGAGACUCAAGGACUUCUCCAGCAUUUGGAGGUCCUGGUUUUGGUCCUCGGUUUCCACCAACAGGGCCUAGACCAGCACCCAAUUUUGGUGACCCUAUGGCUGAUCGAGUUCCUCAGAAUGCUUGGCGUCCAAUGAGUCCCCAAAACAUGGGACUAUCUCCAAAUCCCAGCAUCCGUGGUUUUGGGAAUCAGUUGCUUCCUAGGUCUGGUGAUCUAGGGAUGCCUUUAAAUCCAGGUGGCCCUACUGAUGGUCCUCUUCCAGGAGUUCCUGUUCCAUCAACUUCAUCUGCUUCACAACAGAGUUUUAACCAAGCUUUAUCACAACUACCACCCCUUGGUCAGCAAAUAUCGCCAUUACAGAAGCCUCUUCAAUCCCCUCAGCAUAUGCCUCCACUUAAACUACAUCCUUCAGCUCAAUCUUCUUACCCGCAGACUCAGGCCUCCCAUGUUGGUCAGCUACAGGUUCCUAGUCAGACACCUUUCAGCCAAGCAAUGCCAUCACAGCAUUUACAUGGCUUGAGUGGACAGUUGACUGGUUCUCAACCUCAAGUUCAGCAGAUAGGUUCAUCUGCUCCACUACAAACUCCUCAAAAUCUGAAUGUGCAAUCCAAUCCACUGUCCAAUGCUACAAAUCAGCAGCAGUUGACUGCUCCUGUUCAGCAGCAAAUGCUUCAACCUUUUCAGCAAUCCCCUUCUCAGUUAGCUCAGAUGCUGUCACAGCAGACUCAAACUCUGCAAGCGACCUUUCAAUCAUCCCAGCAAGCAUUCUCUCAACUGCAGCAGCAAUUGCAGUUGAUGCAGCCAUCUAAUCAAAAUCUAUCAACGCAACAAGGUUCUCAGUCUACAAAACAACAGUCUCAAUGGGCUGGGAUUGCACCACAGACUGUUGCCAGCACUCCUGGUUCCACGGCAGCCAUAGAUGCACCCCCAUCAACAUCGGCUGCCCCUGCUGUAUCUGUAACAACCCAAACUGUACCUCCUGGAAAAUGUAAUUGGACAGAACAUACCUCCCCAGAUGGAUACAAGUACUAUUAUAAUGGCAUAACUGGUGAAAGCAAGUGGGAGAAACCUGAAGAGUUAAUAUUAUUUGAACAACAGCAGCAGCUGCAACAAAAACUACCAAUUCAACAGCCUCCAACUCAGUCAAACCCCCAAGUUUUGCCUGCACAGCAAGUUCCUCAGGUACAACUGGUGCAACUUCAACCACAGCUCCGUCAACAACAACAGCAGUUGCAGCAACCUUUUUCUCUAUCGUAUCCAGCUUCUGGAGUUAGAGGCCAACAUAGUGCUCAGGAACAUCGGUAUCCUCAAUUACCUGCUGCAGCUGGCUCAGUCAAUGAUCCAACUCGCUUCCAACAGCAGGGGCUUCAGGCUGCUCAGGAGUGGAUGUGGAAGAAUAAGCCAUCAGAGAGCCUAAUCUCUCUGCAGGGACUUGAAGUGGAAAGGUAAUAUUGGAAAGGGCAAAGGGGCACAACUACAUGUUUAAAGAAUGCCAAAGCCAGAGACUUUGUAUCGAACUUUUGUCCGAGGUGGGCUAGACACCUGCUUGUAAUUUGAAUGCGAGACCAGAGUUAAAUCUUUUUCACAUCAAUUAUUGUCCCAUUUUCUGCCCCAAAGUUAUUGGCUUUGAUGAAAUAAUGAUAAUCCCCUCUGCUGUUUAACAUCGAGGCAUUCAAUGCCUUUGUAAUACAGUUUUUAUGCCAUUUGUAACAUAAUACUAGAUUGUUAUUAUAACAGUAAUGUGGAGUUGCUGA